AUGAGAUUUGGGAAAAAGGGGAAGCUUAGUCCCCGCUAUAUUGGGCCAUAUAGAAUCCUGCAAAGGAUCAGGCAAGUGGCUUAUGAGUUAGAAUUGCCACCAGAAUUAGCUGCGGUACACCCAGUGUUCCAUGUGUCUAUGUUGAAGAAGUUCAUGGGAGACCCGUCUCUGGAUGUUUCUAUAGAGAUCACAGGGGUGAAAGAUAGCCUGUCAUACGAAGAGAUUCCAGUGGCUAUUCUUGAUCGUCAAGUUUUCAAGCUGAGAACUAAGGAAAUUGCUUCAGUAAAAGUGCUUUGGAGAAAUCAGAAAGUUGAAGAGGCUACGUGGGAAGCGAAAGAGGACAUGAAGUCCAAUAUUUCAUCAGUCCAGUAUUUCGUCAGCUCAGUGUUUAUUCAGUUCAGUAGUCCUUCAGUUCAGUAUUUAUUCAGUUCAACAUUUAUUCAGCUGAACAUUCAUUCAGUUUAG